UGAAGUACUCUCGCAGAUACUUAGACUUUCUUUCAAAUUUCCAUUGGAAAAAUAAGUUUUAACGUUGUUUUCAACACCCACGGUCAUAGCUACCAGCAUAUGCUAGCGCGCAAAACUGUAAACAAAAAAGAAAUGAAACAACCAUCGAACUUGACACACUUUCUGAGCAACUUACUUUGCACUUGAACUUCUUGGACAAGUCAGCGACCAACAGUUCUGUAGAAAAUGCCAAGAGCAACCUUGCGGACUUGGCAGAAUUUCCAAUUCGUAUAAAAAAAAAAAAAUAUGCUUAGCACAACGAAAAGUAUGGAGCGAGCACAACAGGCCAAAACGAGUGACCGGAGUUAUUUAAACAGCAGUCCACAACAUAGGUUAAGCAUACCAAUUUUGGAACUUUGAUGGAAUCAUUCGAGUAGAGUAUAGAAAAAAUAUGGUAUAUUUAAAAGGACUCUUCACAAAAGCGCUGCUUUCAACCACACUCACAUUGCUAGUGAUUAACAUAAGCCAGGAUGUGGAAGCGGCUACUACCAAAAUCGUAUACAAAAAGCCAAUUUUCAGCAAACUACAUACACACAAAUACAGAAGCUACAAGUUAAAACCGGACUACAGUAAGAAUUCACCAAUGAACACAGCAGCCAGCGUAAGCACAAGCGUGAGCAUGAGAUCCAUAAUCGACAAUACAACGCCACCUAAUCUGAGCACAACCACGCCCACUUUGGCACAAUCACUAGCACCAACCGCAUUGAGUGUGUGGGAAGCUACAACACCCAUGCCAACUGUGGCCAAACAACCUGAGCAUCAGCACUUUAUGGACCUCAGCGUAUUUGGUGUUGAAACGAAUCAAGAAAUGCCAAUAAAUGCGCCGACGUUAGAAAGACCAUUCGGGGAGGGAGACGAAAUGCACAACCAACACAUGUUGCUAAAUGGAUUUGGUGAAACUGCGACGAGUGCAGAGUUAGUGCGUGAAAUAGCGCCAGUGUUAAAUAACACGCUGGACACACCAGUAUCCCUGUACCCAAACAUACAGCAACAAGUGCUAAAUGUAAUGACCGAUAAUGUUGUAGCGCUGCCACACACCAGCACACAAGAGGUGAGCAGCAACAACCCUGUGGCUAAUGAUGAUAUCGAAGAACUUUUCCCUCUGCCGGAACCGGAAGCACUUGUUGCGUCACGCUCGUUGUCAUCACGUUCGACGCUAACGAAAUCGAAUAAGCAUACAAAAUCAUCUGCACCUAAAGCAACUACAACAGCAACAACCGAAAGUAAUCGUGCCGUACCGUGCACCUGCGGCAUUUUCCUAGCAUCACAAAUCAAACGCGGCACCAAUCAACAGCCCGAGGGCGAACCAGUGAUAAUCAAUGAAUUAGAUCGCACAUUCCAAUGUAAUUCUGUCGGCCAGAAACAGUGUCAGACGAAAUGUUUGGAAACUAUAGUGCAGCAUUUGCCCAAUUCAGCUAAUAUACUAUGCGCGACCCUGAAUCGUGAUUGCCGCAAGGAGCGCGCCUACCUUUUCAUCAAGAACUGUCGUCAUCAAUGGUUUAAUACGAAUUUAGCGGCCGGCAGAGAAUACUGCUGCCGCAAUGGGCAGCCAUACACCUGUCCACUUGUUUGAAAUGAAAUCUUUAAUGUUGUUGAAUAAAACUAAAUUUGAAAUUCAGUAAUUUACAAUUGAUUUUAAUUACGUAAAAAAAAUGAAUAAUCAGUGAUUGAGCCAACAAGCGCUCUGCUAUGACUACGAUAUAAGAUACAUAGCUAUAGUUGUAUGGGUCUACCAACUAUAAUUAGAAUAUAUACAAAUUUUUUAUUUUUUUUUUUCUUUUUUUUUUACCUAAAGACGAUAACGAAGCAAAUAUGCUGAUGAAACAAUUUUAUCAAUGUUCAAGAAUUAUGCAUAUUUAACAAAUGCAAUGAAGAGCGAUGGUUUGUGGGGAUGUGUUUGUGUGUGUGAAAUGGUUGUGAGCGUUCAUACACCUACUGUUGUAUUUUGCAAAAAAAAAAA